AUGUCUGGAAAAGUUUGGUUCAUCACAGGUUGCUCAAGCGGUAUUGGAAGGACCUUGGCAGAGGUACUCCUGGCAACAUCUGGCGCAAGAGUUGCCUGCACAUCUCGCUCCUUGCAGAGCAUUGCCGACGUGGCUGGCGCCAACGACCAGAACUUCUUGGCGUUGGAAGUCGACCUCGCGAGUGAGGCCAGUGUCCAGCUAGCCAUCACCUCGGCGACCGCCAAGUUUGGCACCAUCGACGUCUUGGUCAACAAUGCCGGUUACGGUCAGGUUGGCGCAGUUGAGGAUCUGUCCGACGAGGAGCUCAAGAAGAACUAUGAGAUCAACUUCUUUGCCCCACUGAGAGUGAUCCGUCUGGUGGCACCAUUGAUGCGCGCACAAAAGAGUGGCUACAUCAUCAACGUGUCGUCGAUGGGUGCGCUGGUCUCCUAUCAAUGCUUCUCGAGCUACUGCUCGACCAAGAGCGCGCUCAACAUGGCCACCGAGGCGCUGGCCUCAGAGUUGAAGCCCUUUGGCGUCAAGGCCCUGUCGAUCAAUCCAGGAUGCUUCAAGACCGACUUCUUCAGUGCCAACAAGAUACAGGUACCCUCCAACAUCAACGACAGCGUGUACAACGAGCAGUACCAGAAGACCUUCUUUGAGCCAACCAAGAAUCUCGAUGCCCUUCUUAUUGGAGAUCCAACCAAGCUUGCCAACCUAUUCAUCGAGGUUGUCGAGCACCAAGGAGAUCUCCCCGUGCACAUCUACGUUGGCACUGAUGCACAUGCCCUUGUCCGAGCCAAAGCCGAACAGAUCCUCAAGGAUCUUGAUACAUGGGCACCUCGCACAAACUUUUAA